AUGGCCAAAUUCAUGUAUUCACAACUUCAGUUGUUCACCCUUGUACUUGGCCUUUUUGCUGCGGUAACAUUGUCUCUUAUUAAGGCUAAUGAUGAUAGAAAGGUUUGUAUUGUAUAUAUGGGUUCGAUUUCUGAGGAGUAUGGUGUUACAUCUGAGUAUCACAUUGGUAUUCUCCAGCAAGUUUUAGAGGGCAGUACGGCAGAAGAAUCCUUGCUUAGAAGCUACAAGAGGAGUUUUAACGGUUUCGCAGCGAGGCUAACUGAGAAUGAGAGUGAAAAACUCAAAGGUAUGAAAGAAGUGGUGUCUGUGUUUCUUAGCAGAACACUCGAACUUAAAACAACGAGGUCCUGGAAUUUCAUGGGUUUAAGUGAGAAUGUUGUGGUUCCGAGAAACUUGACUAGUGAGAGUGACUUGAUACUCGGUUCCAUUGAUACCGGAAUUUGGCCCGAAUCACCUAGUUUUAGAGAUGAUGGUUUCGGACCUCCCCCUAACAAAUGGAAAGGUGCUUGUAAGGGCGGAAUUAAUUUCACUUGCAACAAUAAAUUGAUUGGAGCUAGUAGUGUUUCCUUCGACUCAGCGAGGGAUGAAAAUGGUCAUGGAAGCCACACAGCGUCAACAGCAGCCGGGAGACACGUAGAUCAUGCCAGUUUUUAUGGUUUGGCAGAAGGAAUUGCUAGAGGAGCAGUACCCUCUGCUAGGAUCGCUGCAUACAGAGUGUGUGGAAACAAUAGGUGUCAGGAUUCAGAUAUUCUUGGUGGUUUCGACGAAGCAAUUGCUGAUGGGGUAGACUUGAUUACAAUUUCCAUAGGAUCACAUCUGGUAGUUGAGUUUCAUUCAGAUAGUAUCGCGAUAGGCUCUUUCUACGCGAUGCAGAAAGGUAUACUCACCGUCCAAGCUGCUGGAAAUGAUGGAAACCAGAGUAGUACUGUAUCAAGUGUUGCACCCUGGUUAUUCAGUGUUGCAGCUAGCUACACUGAUCGUCGAAUACGUGAUAAAGUUGUCCUUGGAAAUGGAAAAACACAAGUUGUAAGUACAUCAUAG